GAAUUUACAAUUCUUUAUAAUGUCGGGAGAAUGGAUUUGUAUCUAGAACCGUGAAACACGUCAAUAAAAUAAAAUAAGAAAUGUCAAUUUUCAAUAAAAAAAAAAUGUCAUAACAAAAUCCGGCUUUGAUUAUUAAUUGCUUCUGGUGUUUUCUUUCCCCUUUUCCAGUAAUUGUGCUUGAAUAAAUAUAAACAUUCUUUUUAAAAUAAUGCGUUAUUCUGUAUUGAUUCUAUUUCUAUGUUUCAUUACAUUUAAUAGUUCUACUUGCUAUGAAGAUAUGUUUCCUUACAAAUGGCCUACAAUCGGUAUAUCGGUACUCAUUCGCAAUAAAGGACACACAUUACCCUAUUUCUUGACGUGUCUUUAUAAUUUAGACUAUCCCAAGGACCGUCUUUAUCUUUGGAUGUAUAGUGAUUACAAUGAAGAUGAUAGUAUAAAAAUAAUAGAAAAAUGGGCAGAAAAAUAUGCAUCAGAAUACAAUGGAGUUUAUAUAACAACAAAUAGCAGUGGCCGUUUGCAUCCUGAUGAAAAAUCAGCAACACAUUGGAGCAAGGGCCGGUUCAAACAUAUCAUUCGUUUGAGAGAAGAAAGUCUUGACUUUGCUAAGAAAAUGUGGGCUGAUUAUCUUUUUAUGGUUGAUGCAGACGUUUUUCUCACAGAGAAGUCGACUCUUAAAGCACUUGUAAGCAAAAAUAUGACAGUGGUAUCACCAAUGCUCAAGUCUGAUGGGCUCUAUUCCAAUUUUUGGUGUGGAAUGACCGAAAAGUUUUAUUAUCAAAGAACUGAAGAUUAUGAACCAAUUCUAAGUCGAGAGAAACAGGGCUGUUUCGAAGUGCCUAUGGUGAAUACUGCAGUGUUAGUUUCCCUUAGGAGAAAAGAGUCGGACCUUCUUACAUAUGAUCCCAGGAAAGUAAAUAACUACAAGGGUCCUGAUGACGAUAUCAUAGCAUUUGCAAUCAGCGCUAAAAUUAAUGAUAUAAGUCUCAACAUAUGUAACGACCGACCGUAUGGGUUCAUUCUUGUGCCUCUAGAGGAAUCUGAUGAAAUAUCAAAAGAUUAUGAGCAGUUGUUGAAUAUAAAGUUGGAAGCGGUGAGCCGUAAAGUGCCUUUGCCAUUGGACAAUUAUUUAGAGGAAUUUGUGUCGUAUCCCAAACCUUGGAAGUUUAAGUGCAGUGAGAUAUAUAUGAUUAAUCUGGAAAGGCGAACGGAAAGGAGGGAGCUGAUGGAGAUGAGCUUCAAGGAGCUGGGUAUAGAUGCGAAGCUGUUCAAAGCAAUUGAUGGUAUGAAGCUUGAUUUGAAUGAUCUUCGGGAGUAUUCGAUCACCCUGAUGCCGGGCUAUGAGGAUCCAUAUCAUAAAAGACCGAUGAAAGCUGGUGAGGUUGGAUGUUUCCUCAGUCACUAUUACAUUUGGAAAGAGAUCGUUGAAAAGCAUCAUUCUACAGCACUAGUGCUCGAGGACGACGUGCAUUUCAUUCCAUAUUUUCGCCAUAAAUUCCUGCGGUUGCUCGAUGAGAUAAAAAAUAUAGACUGGGACCUUGUCUAUAUAGGCAGGAAGAUACUAUUGAGAGCUGAUGAGAAAUACGUGACCGACCACACGACGCGCCCGCUGUAUUCCUAUUGGACCCUUGGAUACCUGAUAAGCGAGCGUGGCGCGAGGAAAUUGCUGGAUGCUCAACCGCUGUCCAAAAUGCUGCCUGUAGAUGAAUUCCUUCCAAUCAUGUUCGACCAGCAUCCUAAUGAUACAUGGAAAGCCCACUUCUCAAAUCGUAACUUGGUUGCACUGUCAGCCGCGCCGCUUCUCGUCUACCCAACCCACUAUACAGGCGAUGAAGGCUACAUAAGUGACACUGAAGACUCCAAUAUCGUCGACCUGGGGGAACUAGACUACACUGUCAAGCACGAACUGUGAGGUGUCAGUUUAUUUAAUUCUUUAUUAUUUUUUUAGAGUCGGCAACGCAGAUGUGACCUUUGUUGAUGGGCAGUAUGUGUGUUUACCACUAUUCUGGUAUACGAAAAAUGUUUUUGUUUGCCCUAAGUCAUACAAGUAGUGUACAUACAUUUUUUCGCUGAACCGUCGUCUGUAUCUAAUAGUGAGGACGGAUCACUCGUGUCAUUUACGUGACCCAAAACUAGAAAAAAGUCUUAUAAGUAUUUAUUAUAAUUAUUACUUUAUAGUUUUAACUGUGAUUCUUACAACACUUAUUGCUCGACACAGCAAUAAUUGCGCUCAUAAAUAAACGUGCCAUGAACUGCCAUGAACCCAUAAGUAUUUUAUAUAACCAGGAAAAAAAUAUUAAGAAUAAAAAAAGAAACAGUAUGUAUGUGAUAUACUAACACAACGACUUACUUACUUGAUAAAAUACCUAUAUAAAUGCACAAUGGAGUUUUUACGAACUUACUAUGUUUGUCGUUUCAGACAAAUUGUAUUUUAUUUUGACAUGUAUAUAGACAUCGUUCAAAAACGAACAUUAUAUUUUAAAAUUAGAAUUGAUAAAAUACCUAAAAUGUAAUAUGUUUUUAAACGGUUUUAUUUAGCUUUCCAUGUUAUAGCUAAAAGUAUAUGCAACUAUUCUUGCCUUGAUAUCUUCCUAUAUACAUGCAUGCGCUGAAAAUACUGGCUAUUGCCGAAUGAAAUAUAUUUUUAAUAACGGUAAUGUUUUUGUCAUAAAUAUUGUCAUUUAAAAUGUUACAAUAUCUAACAAUAAGUAUUGCCAUUGUAUCAUAAUUUAAUUGCCAUAUUUUUAUUAUUUGUAUUUAUUUAAUUUUUUUUAAACUAUCUUAUUGUAAAAAAUAUUAUAGUUCAUAUAUCUAUUUCAUUUAUCUUUAUACUGAUCCUAGUUUUAUGAAAAUUUGUAUAAUUCUUGUAUGACGAGAGAAAUUGUUUUUAUUAUAAUUAUCUUCAGUUUUUUAGUUUUACAAUAAAUGACUUUAUUUUCUCAAUUGAUACCAAAAAUAUGUUAAGAUUAUAAAUGAAAUAAAUUAAUAGAAAAGACAAAUUUGUUUUUAUACAUAAAUACGAAAAUUGUAUAUCUCUUCAAUAUUCUUUCAUGAAGUAUUUUUGUGAAAGGAAUAUCAUAAUUUUAAUUAUUACUGUAACUAAAUGUUUAUUUGUAAGGUUUGAUUUUUGCAUUUAUACCCAUUAUAGAAUAACUUUUAUUUUGUAUAGUCAAUAUACAACUCGAUUCCUAACUAUUGUCAGCAAUCUACGAAACCUAAUGUGCCAUAUUAUAUAUUGUUAAAUAAGUAAAAAAGAUUUAUUUAAAUUAUUAAAAUAUUGCAAUAAUCAA